AUGGCCACAGUAAUCCCACCACCACCGAAGAAAAAGGCGAAAUUAGAGAAGUUAAAUGCGAACAAGCUGAACGAUGCGAUAUUGCCUUCUUUCCCCAACAUAAUAGUCCAGUUGAAGGACGGAAGGACCGGCAAACCAAUCGGAUCCAGUAUCUCUCUGCCUAGCAAUACCGACAAACGUGGCCUCGAACUCCUGGUCAACCAACUCAAGAAAGACCAACGAGACAAGAGACCCAAGCUCAGCCAUGUCGAACGGAAACAAAAAGCGGAGGAAGAGAAGGAUGACGAGGCGGAUGAUGAUGAUGAGACUGAUGUUAACCUCCCAUGGAGCUUCUCUUUGACUUUGAGGAAAUCACAACCACCAAAGCUGCCAUCGGUCCAGGAAGAUCCAUCACCGGAGGAAGAAAUUCGCAUUCCCAUCUACGAGUCCUUAUCAAAAGACUUAUUGAUCAAUCAUUCAAAUUUAAUAUCCUCAGAAGAUAUCCUGGUAAUUGACUGUGAACCUGAAGCGAUUUUUAGAGUUCGUGAGGUGAGAAGAUGCAGCAGUAGUUUAGCCGGACAUUCUGCCCCGAUUUUAUGCGCCUCAUUUUCACCCACCGGGACGUACUUGGCCACGGGAUCGGGCGAUAAUACAUGUCGAUUAUGGGACCUUUCGACGGAGACACCCAAGUUCAGUCUAGCCGGCCACUCAGGCUGGUUAUUGUGCGUCGAAUGGGAUGGCUGCGAGCGACUGUUAGCGACCGGGAGUAUGGACAAGAUGGUGCGGAUAUGGGAUCCAUUGACAGGGAAACAGAUGGGCGCCCCCCUGAAAGGACACGCACAGUGGAUCACCAGUCUAGCCUGGGAGCCGAUCCAUCUCAACAGUGAAACCACUCGACUCGCCAGUUCCUCUAAGGAUGGCACCGUCCGUGUUUGGAACCCGCGUACUGGUCUAACUCAAUUUGCACUCGGCGGUCACACCGCUAGCGUCAACGCCGUCCGAUGGAGUGGUCAAGGGAUUUUGUACACUGCAUCAUCCGACCGGACCGUCAAAUGCUGGGACGCCAAGGACGGCAAACUGAUCCGAACGUUGAAUGAGCAUUCACAUUGGGUCAACACGCUAGCCCUCAAUACCGAUUAUAUCCUGCGUACCGGUCCAUUUGAGCCCAAAGACACAGCCAAGCCUGAAUCAAUGGACGCCGCCAAACAAGCCGCCCUAAAACGAUACACAUCAUUCACAUCCCACGCCCCCGAAUUGUUGAUAUCCGGUUCAGAUGAUCACACCCUUUUCCUAUGGCCACCCUUAGACUCAGCCACACCUAAAAAACCACUCGCUCGUCUGACUGGUCAUCAAAAGCAAGUCAACCAUGUCGCCUUCAGCCCCGAUGGAAAAUAUUUGGCGUCAGCUAGUUUCGAUAAUCACAUCAAACUAUGGGAAGGCAAGACUGGAAAGUUCAUCGCUACUUUAAGGGGACAUGUUGCGCCUGUCUACCGACUCUCCUGGAGUUGCGACUCCAGGUUAUUAGUCAGUGCAAGUAAAGACUCCACUAUCAAGUUAUGGGAUCUUCGAACACACAAGAUCAAAGUCGAUCUACCCGGUCACACAGAUGAAGUGUAUUGUGUUGAUUUUGUCGCUGACAAAGUGGCGAGUGGUGGGAGGGACAAAGUCGUGAAAAUAUGGAAAAAUUAG